UGGCUGUUUUUGGACAUGUUGGAGGAAAAGAAGGCAGUCGGUUCUCCGCAGGAGAGAAAAGCUUCAAACAUUAGCAGAAAGAAAAUCCAGAGCUUCAACGCCAGAAACGGCAACGUUGCCUCAACCAACGGCAACGUCAGCAAUCAUCCACAAAGCUUUUCUUUGCUUUUGGAGAAUUGUGCCCCGUGUCCUGCUCCAGGGGUCCUAACAACCCCACUUCUCAGCGGACUUCCUGGGAGCGCGUCACUGACAGGAAGGCAAGCUGCUUCUUUGCAGUUGGCCCAGCUGAAGGCUCAGCUAGCAUUAACGCAGAUGAACAAUGUUCUCGCUGUUGGUGGCUGUGCUCCAACCUUGACAUCAAACACCCAUAUACCUGCUCUGGGGUUGCCCACAAAACCACCUUCGCCAACUGCUGUGGCCAUCAAUCUCCUGAACCUUCUGAAGAUUGCCAACACUAUGUCUCAUCCGAUGUAUAAUCCCUUUGCCCCUGGCAAACAGAUGCCAUCCCAGGGACCUUAUGGACUCUCUGGUGGGCAAAUGGAGAUGGAUCCUCGGAAGCCACCGCCUCACUUUGGCUCUGGUUCCAACUUCAGCUCUUCUGGAUCUUCUGGUCUUACCCGUGGACUCUCUGGAGGACCUAUACCAUCCAUUAUGUCUUUACCAGGAAACUACAGACCGGAGAGGAAUAAGAUUACCGUGGAUGACGACAUAGACAGAUGUUUGGACUUGAAUAUCAGUAGAGCCAGGGAAGAGGUGAUACAAACUUCCUCAAGCCAAAAUACCCAAUUUACUAACGUUCAAAGAGACAUAUUUCCUUCUUCAAACAAAGGAAUGCCUUCAUAUUUGACAUCUCCUGCUACUCUAGUAAACAGAUCAUUUACUGUGGACAGCAGUAACAACAGUUUGGACUGGUUGCCUAUAUGCCAGAGGGGUUCAGAGGAAGAGUCGUCAAAAAAAUAUUCAUCUGCGUCCUCCAGCUUCCUAAGCAGUGGUGCAAGUCUUUUCAGUACCUCCAGUGAAGGAAAACAUAUGUCAUCCACUCCAGGUUUGGGUGACUAUGACAUAAAAAGACCAGCUAAGUCUGUGCCUCCUCCGGAGCCCAUUCGCCCAAAGUAUACUUCAGAAUCAGCCUCUAACAUCCUCCUGCACUUUGGUCUUGAAAAAGAAGACUUGGAACACCUAAUCUCUUACCCUGAAGACCAGAUAACACCCGAGAACCUGCCUUUCAUUCUAAGACAAAUCAAGCUGGAGAAAGAAAAGAAAGCUGCAACUACUGUUCAAUCCAAACCCUACAGUGCAACUCAACCCAUCAGAAGUAUGGGUGAAAAUGACAAGUUUAUACCCUCCAUAAGAGCAGGGUUCAAUUCAGAUCAAAUAUCAUCCACUGUUCUUAAACCAAGUAAAGUGAUUGAAUAUGGACACACUGGCAAAUAUACCACAGGGGUUGGGAAUGAAGUUGGAAGAACUAUUAGCAGUUCAGCUGUGACUUGUGCGGGUGGAAGUUUGUUGUGUACGGACACUUUCAAACCUAGCAGCCAUGUCAGAGAUCCACUUCAAAGAUGCCAGGGAGAGCUGAAAACUGGACCAGUUGUCUCUUCACAUAGCCAGAUGAGUGCUGUCUCCACUGUUGACUCACUGAGGAGCCCUGUGGCAUCAACAAGCAGCGAUCUAUCUAAAAAAUUGGGAGUCCAAACAAGCCAAAAUUCAACGUCGCUGUUCCCAUCUUUUGGAUUGCUGAACAAAGACACAGAAUUAAGACUACUCAAGCCAGAAGACCCCCAAAUUCCUUCCCCAAAGCAGCCGGAGCCAGUUCGCCAGGCAUCCACUCAACCCCAGCCAUUCAAUCCACCCUGUAAUUUAAGUCGUGGAGUUCAUCCUGGGCGUCCUGGCCUUGUGCUUAUUCACAGUAAUGACUCUCGCAACAAUAAUAAGAGCAAAACUCAAGGUCAAGGAUUAAAAGCUCCUGAACAGGUGAAUAAGAUACCAGCACAACAGCAGCCAAUUCAGCAGACUCUACAGCAUCAAGGACCGCCACCACAGAAGCCACAAUUUCAAAUGCAUCUGCAGCCGAUUCCGCCGCUGAAACAAGUACAACAAGGUCUUCCCUCUUCCAUGCCACCCCGGUUGUCUCUCUUUCCAGUUUGUCCUGCUCUACCUACACCAGCCCAAGUUCCAAUCCAUCCUCCUCUUCCUAUGCCAGCCCCAAUGCUACUUCGUUCUUCUAUACCUACACCAGCCCAAGGCCGGAUGGAUGCUAUGCCUCGUAUGCCGCCUCCAGUUUUCAAAGACCAGACAUCAGUACCAAAGAUGGGUCCGUCUAAACUACCAACACCGGCCAUGAUGCAGGACUACGCCGCAGCAACACCAAGACUAUUUCCUCAUACCUGUUGUCUUUGUAUGAAAGAAUGUACCAAUAUGAAGGACUGGCUCUCCCACCAGAACACUAGCCUUCAUCUCGACAGCUGCAGACUGCUGAGGUUACGAUAUCCUGAUUGGGAUGGGACUACACUGGAGUUAUUGAGUGGUCCGGGUAAAGGUACCCAAGCCUCCCCCACAGCUCUUGGCCAGAGUUCCCAUGAGACUCGUUCCCAUUCUCUCAGCCCUCAUCGCCAACGUGGAUCAGGGGAUAGCAAGGAAAGUCCACACCACCAUUAUGGGUCAGAGAGUAGAAGACAAAAACGUAGCAGCCGCUCUAGAUCACGUAGUCCACAACGCCAUUAUUCCUCUGAUGGUCAAAGAGAGAGACGAAGUAGCAGAUCGCCACAUACUUCCAGACACUCUCGCAGGUCCCGCUCUCGUUCCUAUGAUCGCCCAACCUCGUCUCACCACCGCUCACGUUCAAGAAGUUACGAGAGGCGAUCACCUCCCAGGAAGAGGGAAGCCAAGCGGUCGUCACCAAGGAGAAGCUAUGAGCGUCGAUCAUCUCCAAGAAGAAGCGAUGAGAGACACUCGUCACCAAGGAGAAGUCGUGAGGCGUGGUCACCAGCGGAGAGAUCCGCACCUCAGCAUAAGGGGUCCAGAAGUGCUGACAGACUGGCUAAGAGACUCCUGGAAACAACAGCUGUCCAAUCUUUGUCCAAACAAUCUAACCUGGAGGCCAUGGUUAAAACACUGGCUCCUGCAUUGCUGGCUGAACUGGCUAAGAUGAAGUCCUCUUCCAACACAGAGAAGAAGACAUUUUCUGCUAAAUCAUCUAAAGCCACAUCCAGCCAUCCAAAGAGCGGGAAAAGCUCUUCAGCAAAGCCUAUGACUGCUGAGUCCCUAUCUGCUGGCAAAGUGAGGCUCUCUAGCGUUUCCGCUUCCCUUUCCCAUGAUGACAUUUUUGAUGCCUUGGAGAAAUUUGGAAAAGUCAAAGAAGUGAUUAUAGCAAGAGCAUCACUACAGGCAGUCAUCCACUUUGAGAAAGAGUCAGAUGCAGAGAAACUGAAGAAAUUACAAUGCUUGCAAGUGAAAGGACUGACUGUCUAUGUUGACAAAAAAAUGAACGUUGUUUCCAAGAAGCCUCAGUCGGCGCAGAAGUCAGCUUCACAGAAAAAGUCUGCAGAGUCCAGUACAACAUUCACUGGAAAAGAUAAGACACCUGCAAUACCUGGGGCUAAAACCAUCACAACAGGCAAAGUUGCUACAAAAGCUAAGGGUCUCCCCAUCAAACAGGUAGCUGUAAAGAAACUCAAUACAGCUGGAAAAUGUGCAGUAAAACCAGUUGGAGUUAAAACUACAGCGGGUUCAGGGGUCCAAAAAACUUCAAGUCCAGUAAAGACUUCUGAUGCCGAUGAUUCUAAAGAUGAAGCAACAAACACAAAACCUGAAAGUGAUGAAAUACAAUCUGCUGAAACUCCCAGUGAGACUGCUGAGGUGUUGAAGACGUCGGAUACAACUGUCAGUGAUGAAGAUAAAGAGGAGAAAAUGGCGUCUCAGGUGAAGGAAGUGACUCCUGAAGCAGAAACAUCGUCAGACCCGGUGAAGGCUGAAACCCAACCUGACACUUUGGGUGUGAAGGACUUGGAGUCCAAAUCAGCACCAUCAGAAAACCAGCUGGCUGCUGCCAAAGCAAAAAGCGAAGAGCUCCCCCUGGUGACCAAAACUGUGGACACAGUGGAAACCUCUGAAGACAAUCAAGUAGAAGAAUGUCUCAAAGUGGAUUCUAUAAGAAUCAAAGUUGAAGAUGUUGAACCUGGAAAGACUGAACCUGAAGAACCCAUAGAAAUUUUGAGUUCUGCUGAGUCCAAACACCAAGUUUCAGAAACUGUAACACCAGCAGCUAGAGUUAAAACUCCACCAUGUUCGUCGUCUCCAUGUAAAACCUCUGCUGAUCCACCUCAAACACAGCAAGCCACUGUGAAAACUGAAGAAAUGUUAGUGGCAGACUCAUCGCAGGUCCAGCCGUGUCCGAUGGAGGAAUCAGAACCCCCAGCAAGAAAGUUAAAGACAGAAACUGAGCAACCACAGUCUCCAAAGAAGACAGAAACAAAGCAGAAAGAUGUAAGCAGUCAUCUGACACCAGAACCUGUGAGCGACGUUGUAGCCGUGAAGCUUGAGGAACCAACAUCUGCCGGAAAGAAGACUGCUGAUGGCGCAGCGGCACCAGCUGACGUUUUCUCCCUCACAGCCACGGUGAAGACAGAAAAGCAGGAGCAACAAAAAGAAACAAAACACACACCAGAGAAAACUGUGAAGUCCUCAAUGCCUCUUUCAAAAGUUUCACAUAAUAAGAAACAACCUCCACCUCAAACCUGUGCCUCAGUCUCUCCAACGCCAGCAGAACCCAUCCAGUCAGGUUCUUUUAAAGCAGAUAUGAAGGCUGGAAAAAAUGAAACGGAGGUUGGUGCAAUCCCGACUGUGACUCGUAAAUCCAGUGAAAAUUCUGAGCAAAAGCGGUCACUCAGCGCUGCAGUCGUCCCUGCAGAAAAACAAACCGCGCCUGUUCCGUACACCUCCACCAUGUCAGUCACAGCUUUGGGCAAACCGGAGGACAAUGCUGAACUUCCUCAGAUAAAUGAAGAUUUUUUCAGGGCGCUCACAACAGCACUUCGUGAACACAGACUAAGACAGGGAGAAAAGAAAACAAGUGAAGAGAGUUUCACCAUAAGCAAAACAACCUCUGAAGGUAUGCAGGAGGAAUACAUGCCACUCACAAAGGAUGAAAGCAAAGAGGAGGACAAUUACUCAGAUCCUUUUGAUGAGUUUGACUUUAACUUUGGAGACUUUGUGACUGUUGAUGAGAUUAGUGAAGAAAUGGAUGACACACUGGUUGAAGACACCUCUGUUUCAUUAGAGUCGAUAUCCAGAGAUACAACAGAAAGGCUGAGCCCAGAUGUGUCCUCUGCUGCCAGUAAGACCUCAACAAGGUCUUCAAAAGCCUGCAAAAGCUCAACUUCUUCCUCCUCCAAGUCUGAAAAAGGCAGUGACUCUUUAAGUUCCAUGUCCGAGUCCAAAAACAAGCAGAAACUUUUCUCUGAACCUCCCAAAUUUGAAACCAAACCCUCAUUUGUUAGUGGCGCUAAAAGUAAAAGUUCCUCCCCCCCUUCUAAUUCUUUAAAAACUCCACUCUCCUAUGCUCAUAAAUCUCAGUCAAACAAGAGUAAGCCUCCUGUUAGGUCUUCAGAAACAUCAUACUCUGUUCGAAGUACUCGUUCAUUUGCAGCAGUCAUCAAAUCAUCUGUAGGAACACAGCAGGUGGGUGAAAGGGAUGUAAAACCUAAAGAGAUUGCAGUGGCAAAGUCUGACCACCAUGUGUCAGCAGAGAGCUGUUCUGCAAAUACUGUUGAGUCAGAGUUGAGGAUAAAAACAUCGAAGAUUCAACUCACAGAGGGACAGAGCUCACAGAUCCAGAAUCUGAAGACAGAUUUUAAAAAUGUGAAAGAGAUGAAGAAAAACGAAGUGAAGGAGAAGAAAAAAGACAUGGAUGGCGAAAGCACUGAGGAAAAAAGAGGCUAUAAUGAGAAUAAACGAAUUCUUGAUUCCUUCAAUGAAAAAUCUGAUGAACAGAAAAACAAGGAUGACAAUCAAGACAGAAGAACUGAAAUGCAAUUAUCUGGACCUGAGCAAGACCAGCUCAUUCAUCAAGGAGCUGAUAAUGACAAUAGUCCAUCAGAUGGAUGCCAGGAAAUGGAAGUAGAUGAGUCCACCAAGCUGCAGGACUGCACACUUAAACAUCAGGCUGCAACAACCUAUGAUGAAGAAACCAACCGGACUCCAAAUAGCAGUAGCGUAAAACAAAAUAAUGACGUUCGUUCAUCCGAGAGAGUCUGUGAAACCUCCAGAGAGGUUGGUCAGACCUCUAAUGAAGAAGACCAAAAUGACAGCAGACACUUUGACACUUUGAAAGACCAAAAACUUGUAUUUCCCACUGACCUUCUGUCUAAAGCAGAUGAUGAACCCACAAAUGAAGAGGGUUAUGAGGUCAUAGAUUCAUUGGACGAUCAACCAGCAACAACUGAGGCGGAAUCAGAAAUGGAGAAGAAGGAACAAAGAAGGAAAGAAAGCGCAACCACCUCUGGAGAUGAUAAACCGACCAGAAAAGGAUGUUCAAGGAGCCGAAUAUUUAAAAGUGAAGAGAAAGAAAAUUCACUAAAGAAACAGGACAAAACAAGAACAUAUGUGGCACGAACAAAGGACAGCAAGACGGAAAAAGAAAAGAGUCUCGAGGAUUUUGAGGAAAUGGUCUAUGAAGUUGUGGACUCCAUUGAAGACGAGUCUGUUAAAGAGCCCUCAACCACAGGGAGAUGUAGUAGCAGACGAACACCAAGAGGAAACAAAAAAGAUGAGAAGACAUCAACCCCGGUAGAAGACACUAAAAAAUCUGAUGACGAAGAAGAGGAUGUGUUCACAGUUUUAGACUCUGUGGAAGAAGAAAGUCCCAAUGACAAACAAGUGGUGACGAGAUCGACUAGAGGAAGAAGACAAAACAUAGCAAAGAAAGUUGAACAAAAUACUAAAACAAAAGAAGAUAAAACCCCCACAAGAAGAAGAUGCACACCAGUCAGAGAUUCUAAGGAAAAAGAAAAAGAGAAAACUCCAAAAAUAGAUGUUCCUCUAAAGGAAAGUGCACUAACGAAGAGUGACUCUGGUGUACCAAGCACUGGUGAUGAAGACACUAUCUGUAUGGAAUUGGAUGCUGUUGAGUAUGACCAACCAACUACACAGAAACCAAGAAGAGGAAGAUCAAAGGACAAUAAAACAAGUCAAAAACAAAGUGAGGAAGAAGAGCCUGUUUAUCAGAUUGUAGAUUCUCUUGAAGAAGAUCAAGAAAAUACCAUGACUGUGACAUCCAGUCUUCAGGAAAAAAGUGAGACAAACGUUGAAAUGACUGCAGAUGUCAACAUUGUUUCACUUAUCAAAGUGAAAGAAGACAAGUCCCCGACAAGGAGACACACACCAGCCAGAGAUGCACAGGAAAAAGACAGAGUUCAUCUAAAGGAAUGUGCACAAACAAAGAAGAUCGACACUGCUGUAAAAAGCACAUGUGAAGUGGACGAUACUUGUAAGCAAUUGAUUGUUGUUAAGGAAGGCCAACCAACAACACAGAAAUCAAAAAGAGGAAGACCAAAGAAGGACAAUAAAACAAGUAAAAAACAAACUGAGGAAGAAGAAGAGCCUGUUUAUCAGAUUGUAGAUUCUCUCGAAGAAGAUCAAGAAAAUACCAUGACGGUAGAAUCGAGUCUUCAUGAAGACAGUAAGCCAAACAUUGAAAUGACUGCAGAUUUCAACACAGUUUUGUUUACCAAAUUGGGUGAAGACAAAGCCCUCACAAGAAGAAAAUGCACACCAACCAGAGAUUCUCAUGAAAAAGACGUAGUUCCUCUAAAGGAAAGUACACCAACACAGGCGAGUAAUGCUCCUGUAGUAAACACUGUGGAGGAAGACACUAUUAUUGAAGAACUGGAUGCUGUUGAGGAUGGCCAACCAGCAACCCAGAAACCAGGAAGAGGAAGACCAAAGAAGAAUAAUAAAACCAGUAAAAAACUAACUGAGGACGAAGAGACCGUUUAUCAGAUUGUAGAUACACUAGAAGGUAAUCAAGACAAAACCAUGAUGGUAGCUCCCAUUCAUAUAGAGGAAACUGAGGCAAAAGUUGAAAUGACUGAAGAUGUCAACACAGUUUUGUUUUCCAAAAUGAAAGAAGACAAGAUCCUCACAAGAGGACAAUGCACACCAGCCAGAAAUUCUCAGGAAAAAUACACAGUUCCUCUAAAGGAAAGUACACCAACCAAGAAGAGUGAUGAUGCUGUAACAAGUACUGGAGAUGAGGACAAUACUUGUGAAGAAUUGGAUGCUGCUGAGGAUGGCCAACCAACAACACAGAAACCAAGAAGAGGAAGACCAAAGAAGGACAAUAAAACAAGUAAAAAGCAAACUGAGGAAGAUGAAGAACCUGUUUAUCAGAUUGUAGAUUCUCUAGAAGAAGAUCAAGAAAAAAACAUGAUGGAAGAAGCCAGUCUGCAGACGGAAAGUGAGACAAAUGUUGAAAUGACUGCAAAUGCCAACACCGAUUUGUUUACCAAAACAAAGGAAGACAAGAACCUCACAAAAAGACGACGCACACCUGCCAGAGAUUCCCAGGAAAAUGACGGAGAGAAAACUCCAAAACCAGAUGUUUGUGUUCCUCUAAUAGAAAGUACACCAACUAAGAAGAGUGAUACGAGGGACUUUGGUGGGGAGGAGGCUACUUAUGAAGUAUUGGAUGCUGUUGAAGAGGUUGUUAGGCCAGCAACACAAGCAUCAAGGAGGGGAAGACCAAAGAAAGACAAUAAAAUAAGUGAAAAACAAACAGAAUAUCUGAAGGUUGACUUGCCCAGAAACGAUGAUGAUGAAGAAGAAGCAACAUAUCAGAUUCUUGACUCUGUUGAGGAUGAGGUGGUUGGUGACCCAGCUCCUGUAGACCAGUCUGAAUGCACAAAAACAUCAAGCGCUUUUGCAGAUGAUGACAUAACGAAGGAAAUAAUUAGGUCACUAUUAAAUGAGGAGGAAGGAGGGACAAUUUAUCAAAUUGUAGAUUCGCUGGAAGAAGAUCAAGUUCAAGAAGAGACGAUGACAGAAACAGCCAUGCAGGAGGGGAGUGAGACUACAGGAGAUAUGGUAGCAAGUACUGACCAUGUACUGUCCAGCCCCUCAACUGUAGAACCAUCUGAACAAGCAGGUAGAGAGGAGACUCCGUUAGCUGGUAAAACAUUGGAGGAUAAAGAGGAUCCAUCUGCUAAAGGCUCUGAUACAGAGGGGAAGGAGAGUACAUUGAAAGCAGAUGUUGUAGGGGAAGACGAGUCUUUAAAUCAGCCAAAUAAUCACCUUGGUGCAUCAGAGAAGAAUAUACCAACAUCACCGAAGAGCAAGGACACAGAAGCAACUGAAAAUAUUCUUGUGAACCUGGAUCAGGUGAGCGAAGAUGAGGAAGAUUAUCCUGAUGACGCGGCUGAGGAAGAAGAACUGAAGAAAAGGCAAGCUGCUGCUAAGAAAAGAGAAGAUGACCGUAAGGAUAAAAUGUCCAGGGAAAGAGAAGCUAUGGAGCGAAGGAGUCGAAGCGGCAGCAGAGGAGGGAGUAGGAAAUCAACAUGGGAACCAGAGAAGACGAGUCAAGAAGAUUUCGAAAAGGUGGAAGUAGACGCCCAGGAUCUGGUGACCCUUGAUGAGGUGGGAGAAGAUGAAGUCGGAGAGGAAGCUGUGACAGAGACUCCAACAUGGAAAGUGGAACUCGCAGAGGGAGAACUGCAGGAUCUCGUUACAUUGGAUGAGAUUGUUGAGGAAGAGGAAGGACAGCUUGAAGCCCCGCCUCAGAGUCUGGAGAGCCAAUUCAAGGACUCUCUAAAGUCAGAGACCUUGCCAACUUCGACAGAAACCACCCAGAUUGAGGACAACAAAGAUGACGAUAAUCAUCCAAAAGAACCUUCAAGCUCUUCUAAACAUAAACUUGAUGACAUCACAGAGGAAGGUGGGAACUUUGUCACUGUUGAUGAGGUGGGAGAGAUUGAGGAAGAGGAGGAAAAGGAGGCAGUAACAAGAAGAGGUCGACCCAGGAAGAGAAGCCGACUGACUCCUGUGAGAAAAUCUGCCAGAGGCAAAACAGUGAAGGAAGAAAAACAUAGACAAGAAGAGGAAGAAAAUAAAUCCCUCCCCUCUGCUUCACUGGAUUCUUCCUCGACUCUGAACACAUCUGGUCCAUCAGGUGACUUUCAGUGUGAGACCCAGAGGAUAGAGGAGGGGAAGAACACCGAAGCUGCUUCUACCGAACAUCAACCUCUGCCUAAAGAUGGACUGAAAUUGGGAUUUGAGGAAGCAGAGAGACGAGAGCACAGAAGGACCGGUGUUGAAGUUGUGGAUAAACGGAAGCAGGAGCCGACUGGACCCGAAGCAAAACGAUCUCGCUCUCAGCCUCCGAGUGUCUCUGUGAGCCUCCAGCUGCCGCCGUUUAAUCCCAAAAAUCCUCUGGGUAAGGAAUUUGUGAAUCCCACGUCUGGGUUUUUCUGCAGUUUGUGUUCUGUUUUUUACUUAAACGAGGAUACGGCCAAGGAAAUCCACUGCAGCAGCCAGGAGCACUACGACAACCUGAAGAACUAUUACCAGAGACUUCAACAAAAUGUCCAAGGCUCGCUCUCGGACGGAUCAGCUUAAACUGCAGAUUAUUUUCCUGGAACAUGAGAAACCACCAAAGCUUUCCAGCACCCAUGAUGGUCUGAGCUGUAACUUUUAGGUUCUUUAUCUUUUUUUUCUUAAAUCUUUCGGUAUUUCAUGAGUUUCUUGUACCUUCUUUAUACAUAAGUUAUGUAUUCCACAGCUAAGAGUGGCAAAUAUACAUAUUUUGGAGUAGUUUGCUCCUAACUUAAUUAGGAAGAAAAAUAACUAACAGUUAUUGCCGACUCAGUAAAUUUUGAGAUAAACAGGCAGUAAAUGAAAUACUGUUUACUAAUGUGGACUGUUCAAAUGAUAGAUUUAUUCUACAAAUCAAAAGGUUACGUUACAUCAACUUUUGCACAGGAAUUUGUCAAUCAGUGUCACAGCAUAGUGCAUCAGUUUCAUGCAAAGUUGAGUUCAGUUUUAUUUAAGCAUGACUUACUAACAGUACCUGGCUAAUGGAAGCUCCUGUUCUGCAUUUAGUUUGGCAGUUAUGAGACUCAGCUUUUGUUUAUGUUGUGACUUUUCUCUUUAAACAAGGGUCCAAUAGGUUGUUUCAUUUCUUUACAUUUAUUUAAAAAUACAAUAAAAACGCAUUGUCACAUGUAAACAAAUUCAUAAAGUGUAAUUAUCUGAUUUGAAAGUUAAUUUUGAACUGUGUGAGUGAUUAAAGGUUGUUUGUCAUUUUGAAUCCUUUUCUGUUGUGACUUUACUGAUGACUGAGAUGAUUAAAAACGAAUUAAAACAUCA